GGAGGGUUUCCGAACAUGAACACAACGCUCCCAGCCUGGGGGACUACAUUUCCACCAGUGAAUGGAAGUGACCAGGCUAUUCUUCCAAAUUUCAACAUGGGGACCCUAAUCUCAGCAUUGCUGAUAAUCAUCAUAGACAUGGUUGGGCUGGCAGGAAACGCGGUUGUGCUGUGGCUCCUGGGCUUCCGCACGCGGAGGAACGCCUUCUCUGUCUACAUCCUCAACCUGGCGGGAGCCGACUUCCUCUUCCUCUGCUGCCAGAUUGUACGUUCCCUCAGUAAACUCAUCAACAACUUCCAUGCUAUCUACAUUUCCUUCAGCAGCUAUUUCAUCCUUGUGUUCACCUUUGCCUACAUCACAGGCCUGAGCCUUCUCAGCACCAUUAGCACUGAGCGCUGCCUGUCCGUCCUGUGGCCCAUCUGGUACCGCUGCCACCGCCCCACACACAUGUCGGCCAUCAUGUGUGCCCUGCUCUGGGCACUAUCCCUGCUGCUGAGCAUCCCAGGUGGGAUGUACUGUAGAUUCCUGUUUAGGGAUUUAUCCCAGGUCUGGUGUCCAGUAUUUAAUUUCAUCACUGCUGGGUGGCUGAUUUUCUUGUUUGUGCUUCUCUCAGGGUCCAGCCUGGCCCUGGUGAGCAGACUGCUGUGUGGCUCCCAGCGGGUGCAGCUGACCAGGCUGUAUGUGACCAUCCUGCUCACAGUGCUGGUCUUCCUCCUCUGUGGCCUGCCCUUGGGCAUCUACAGGUUCCUCAUAUACUAUAUUGACAUUAAAUUAUAUGAGUCCUCCUCUCACAUUUACCAGAUUUCACAUGUCUUGUCCUGUGUCAAUAGCUGUGCCAACCCCAUCAUUUACUUCCUCGUUGGCUCCUUUAGACAACGAUGGAGGAAGGGAAGGCAGACCCUGAACCUGGUUCUCCAGAGGGCUCUGCAGGACCUUCCUGAGGGGGAUGAACAUGGAGGAAGUCUUCCUCAGGAAGCCCUGGAGAUGUCGGGAAGCAGUCUGGUGUCCUGA